GUAAGUGGAGCAGGUUUUGGGAUAGUAGCUUUUCGAGUCAGUGCCGCUUAGAGACUCACCCAGCUUAAUUUUUAGUGCUCAACUUUAAAACAACGCCAUGUUGGCCGCCAUAUUGCUGCAGCUUCCCGUCAUCGCCGCGAUCCUAACUCUGGCGAUCUUCGUAUAUUACAAGCACGCAUUUACUUACUGGUCGAAGAAGGGCGUACCUUUCAUAGCUCCGAGUAUACCUAAGGGUAACAGUACACACCUGCUCCCGAAAAAAAUGUCCUACGGUAUCGAGAGCAAAGAGUGGUACGACGAGUUGAAGGGCAAGGGCCACAAGUUCGGCGGCAUCUGGGACUUUUCCAAGAAAGCGUUGAUACUCGUCGAUCCCCAGCUGAUCAAGGACGUGCUGACUAAAGACUUUAACCACUUCUCCGACCGGGACGUGUACUGUAACGAAAAGUACGACCCGAUAAACUCCAACCUCUUCCUCGUACCGACGCACAGUUGGAGGCCGUUGAGACAAAGGCUGACGCCGACUUUUACAACGGGCAAAAUCAAGACCAUGCGCCCUUUAAUCGUCAAAACCGCCCGCCACAUGAUCGACUAUUUGAAAACUAAAGAUUCGGAAGACAUCGACAUCAAAGAGGUCCUGCAGUGUUACACGAUCGACGUCAUAGCUAACUGCGCGUUCGGCCUCGACCUCAACAGUUUCGCAGAUCCGGACUCGGAGUUCCGCAAGUGGAGCAAGAAGAUCUUCGAGCCUACGUUCGCGCGGGUGUUGAAGUUCAUAAUGAUCCGACAUUUCCCGGAGGAGUGCAAGAGGAUGGGGGUGUGCGUCGCGCAAAAGGGCGUCCCGGACUUUUUCGCCGACGUGGUCCGGAACGUUUGGGACUACCGGAAGGAGAACGGGUUCAGCAGGAGCGAUUUUAUGCAGAUGCUCAUUGAGCUCCACGAGGGCAGUCGGGAUGACGAGCGUCCUUUCACCUUCGAGCAGAUGGUGGCCAAUACGCUGAUGUUUUUCGUCGCAGGUUUCGAUACGUCCGCGACCACGCUGACCUUUGUCCUUUACGAGCUGGCCAAACAUCCCGACGUCCAGGAAAAGGCGAGGGAAGAAGUCCGCGAUUUUCUUAGCAAACACGACAGCGAGCUAACGUACGAAGCUAUCCACGAUAUGACUUACCUGAGUCAAGUGAUCUCAGAAGCGCACAGGCUCUACCCGCCCGUCCCCACCCUAUCCAGGGUCUGCAUAAACGAUUAUAAGAUCUCCGGAUCCGACGUCACCAUAGAAAAGGGCACGCCCAUCGUGGUUUCCGUUUUGGGUCUCGGUGCCGAUCCGGAGUACUUCCCGGAACCGAACAAGUUCGAUCCGGAAAGGUUCUCGCCUUCCGGAUCGACGAAGAACAACACCAGCGUGCACAUGCCGUUCGGUUUGGGACCACGCAAUUGUAUAGGGCUGAGGUUUGGAAUAAUGGAGGUGAAACUGGGUCUCGCUAUGAUACUGGACAAGUUUGAGGUUUGCACCGGCCCUUUGACGAAAAUUCCGGUGACAUUGGAUCCGAACACAAUGCUGUUAAGUUCCGUGGAGAGGGUGUACAUCAGAUUAAAGACGAUCUAAUGGAGUAACUUGAUUGCGGUCGUUUAUAUUUCCUUUCUUCCUUCCUUCCUUUCUUGAAUUGGUUGUUAAUUCAUCUUAGCUCAAACUUUAUUUUCAAAAAAAUGAUAUUAU